AUGGCCAGGCUCACUCCCGGCAAAACCUCAACAUCAGCCUCUAACCACAACCCGCCCACACCACACAGCGAAUCGAACUUAACCACCACCACCGCGUCCACCCCCGCCGACCCCGACCUAGACACCCCCAGCCGCCGCAGCGCACGCAUCGCAUCGCUCGCCACCCGGCCCCGAGUAGUAGAAGCCAACCCGCAGCCAAGCACCACGACCACCCCCACCCUCCCCCCGCCGACGCCGUCGUCGACGGCGCCGCCCGCGCCCACCAAGAAGCCGCCCAACAAGGCCCCAGCGCCCACGACCCUGCACAAGCACCGCGAACAGGGAAAGACGCCCGUCACGCCGAAGCGGCGCGCGAAGAGGGAGGCUGCUGCGUUCGCCUCCGCCUCCGCAGAGAAGCCGGCGAUGUCGAGGGAAGGGAAGAAGCGCGGCGAUGGUGGAUGGAGUGGGGUCGCCGUUCCGGUUCGGUCGCUGCCGGCGAAGAAGAAGACGUGCGAGACGGUGGGAUCGUCGGUGGUCGGGGAGGAGGAAGAGGUUGGGGAGAAGAUGCGACCUCCGUUUGUGAGCAGGAGCCUCUUCUUUGACGACCCGCGGUAUACGUUCUUCGAUUAG